AUGACCCUCCUUCGUCAUCUCUUAACGGCAACUGCCUUGCUCGGAGCUUCAGUCCAAGCAGCGCAGGGUGUCACUGGCUCCCCCUUCGGUUUCGCUAGCGGCACGACCGGUGGCGGUGAUGCCACUCCCGCUGCGCCCAGCGACAUCAGCCAGCUGAAGACCUGGUUGUCUGACAGCACCCCCCGUGUCAUCCUUAUCGACAAGGAGUUCAACUUCCUUGGCAGCGAGGGCAAGUGCACCAACUGCGAGUGCUGCAAACCCGCCUCGAACACCUGCGGUAGCUCUGGCCAGAAUGCCGUCAAGCAGAAUGGCUCCGACUGGUGCGGUAGCUAUCCCACCCUGACCUGCACGUACGACAACGCCGGUAUUGAGGGCCUGGAAGUCGCCUCCAACAAGUCUAUUGUUGGCGUGGGUAGCUCUGGUGUCCUGCGUGGAAAGGGUCUGCGCCUGGUGAACGGUGUCAGCAACAUCAUUAUCCAGAACAUCCACAUCACGGAGCUCAACCCCGAGUUCAUCUGGGGUGGUGACGCUAUCACCCUCGACGGCACCAACAACGUCUGGAUUGACCACGUCAAGAUCAACCUCAUUGGUCGUCAGAUGUUCGUUGCCGGAUACGAAGCCAGUCACAGCGUUACCAUUUCGAACAGCGAGUUUGAUGGUGAGACCAGCUGGUCUGCGACUUGCGACGGCCACCACUACUGGACUGUUCUCGGAUACGGCCACAAUGACAAGAUCACCUUCGCCAACAACUACAUCCACCACACUUCGGGCCGUUCCCCCAAGCUUGAGUUCAACAGCUUCUGGCACGCGUACAACAACUACUGGUACAACAACACUGGCCAUGCCUUCGAUGUUGGCAAGAACACCCGUGCUCUGAUCGAGGGUAAUGUGAUGGUCCAGGUCGACACUCCUCUCUUGGCCGACAGCAACCCCGGUGCCGUAUUCGCCGUGAACACCAGCGAUGUUUCCACCUGCACCAGCACCCUCGGACGCACCUGUGUCCCCAACACUUUGAUCAGCUCCGGUACUCUCUCCGGUAGUGACAGCUCUGUGAUCAGCAGCUGGCCCUCUGGUGAGUCCGACGUCACCGUCAUGGCUGCUAGCAAAGUUGCUUCCUACGUCAAGGCCAACGCCGGUAUUGGUAAGCUCGGCAACGGAUCUGGCUCCUCCAGCACCGUCGGCGCGGCCGCCACCUCCGCUGUCGCCAAGCGUGCCGACUCUGACGAUGCUCCUUUUGUCCCGGCCUACUCUGAGGCUGGCCCCGGCGCUUCCGCUGUCCCCACCCAGCCCUCCUGGUCUUGGAGGACAGUCACCAACGGCCCUGCUCCCACUGGAGCUCCCUCUGAUAGCCCCUCGGCCCCCCAGGGUCUUGGUGCUCCUGUCCAGGCUUCGAACAAGCACCACCACCAGGGACACGGCCGUGGCUACUAA